CUGUGGACCAUCGUGUAGAAUGGGAAUCAAGUUACAAGCGUUCUUAUGCUUGGCUAUCUGCUCAAAUUAAAGAUGCCAAACUUGAACAAGAAGUACAUGAAUUCGCUAAGACUUACAUUAUCGAGAGAUACCAAGUUGACGAUGAAUUGAUUAAAGCCGAUGCUUCAUUCGAAGAAUCAUUAAGUAAGACAUCUGUCGUCGAGGCUUUUGAUUCUCUUACCAGAAAUAUAUUCAGUGUGAAGGCCAAAGAAAAGGAAACCGAAGUGAAGAAAACUGAAGUGAAGAAAACCGAAGUGAAGGAAACCGAAGUGAAGAAAACUGAAGCGAAGAAAACCGAAGUAAAGGAAACCGAAGUGAAGAAAACUGAAGCGAAGAAAACCGAAGCGAAGAAAACUGAAGUAAAAGAUACUGUAACUAAAACAACUGAAGUGAAGAAAGCCGAAGAGAAGAAAAUCGUUCAA